CAGGUGGGAUGACCAGGGUGCAGCUGCCCCUUCGAAGGGGGUGUAUGUGGAAGAUCAAAACCUCUAUUUCUUAAGUACUCUGGUCCCUCUAUCCCACAGUGACCUAUGGUGCCCGCAGAUAACGGGCUGUCAGGUCUUUGCUCACUCUGUUCGCCCCUGCUUCUUGGCGCAGGGAGUCCAUGUCCUCUCUGGUUCCUCAGGUUUGCGUGAGUGGAGAGGAGCACGAACUCCCAAUGACUCUUCUGCUCUACAGGGGAACUUGCAGAUGGCCCAUGGCGCAGGGUCCAGGCUCAAGCCCACUCCCACCCCCGUGCCGUCCCCGACUGGCGGGGUGAUGCUGCACUCUGCGCCCUUAAAACGAACAGUUUAACCCCCUUCUUGGGAACUGAACAUGCUGACCUGGUCUCUCCUGGUUCUCCCACAUCUGUACCCCGGGAAGACAGUUACAAGGACUGGCUGGCCGAACCCAGGUGCCCUCGGGGCAGGGUGUGCUAAGAAUUGGUGUAGGGGUUGCACAAAGGUCCCGGUCAGCUCCUGGUCACAUGAGGCCCAAGAACUGUCCGGGUCCCACUUCCCCUCUUCUUGCUUUGACCCAAGUCGCUCAGCAGCGGUGAGCGCUGCACCCUUUAUCCUCUGUCGGUCUUGUCCGGUUCAGAUCCUCCAGGUCGGGGAAGCGCCAGGUGAGGGCUGCGCAGCGUGGGUUUCGGGUACCCAGGGCUGGGUGGGGUACACAGCAGCGGCGACCUGGGUGCCCAGGUGGGCGGCUGAGAGCCCGGAGCCUGACAGUACCUCGAUCCAUCGAUGCGCUCGGCGCGCAGCAUGGUCCAGGGAGUAGGGGGUUGAGCAAGGGCGGGGCGGCGAGCUCCGACUGGGAGGGACGAAUAUGCCGGCGAGUCCCUAUUGGCCGGCCGUUUGCGGGAGGCGGGCCCUGAUUGGCCCGGGGGAUGAGGGAGCUGAGGGCGGUGGGGUUAAGCGCGUCGCCGCCGCCCCCGCCCUAGCGAAAGCCCAGAGCGCUGAACCUGCACCCUGGACCUGCGGCGACCGUCGCACACCAUGGGCCCCCACCUGGGCCCCCACUUACGCCCCUACCGUGUGGGGCUGCUCCCGGAUGGCCUCCUGUUCCUCUUGCUGCUGCUAAUGCUGCUCGCAGACCCCACGCUCCCGGCCGGACGUCACCCCUCGGUGGUGCUGGUCCCUGGUGAUUUGGGCAACCAACUGGAAGCCAAGUUGGACAAGCCAACAGUGGUGCACUACCUCUGUUCCAAGAAGACCGAAAGCUACUUCACAAUCUGGUUGAACCUGGAACUGCUGCUGCCUGUCAUCAUUGACUGCUGGAUUGACAAUAUCAGGCUGGUUUACAACAAAACAUCCAGGGCCACCCAGUUUCCUGAUGGUGUGGAUGUACGUGUCCCUGGCUUUGGGAAGACCUUCUCACUGGAGUUCCUGGACCCCAGCAAAAGCAGUGUGGGUUCCUAUUUCCACACCAUGGUGGAGAGCCUUGUGGGCUGGGGCUACACACGGGGUGAGGAUGUCCGAGGAGCCCCCUAUGACUGGCGCCGAGCCCCAAAUGAAAACGGGCCCUACUUCCUGGCCCUCCGCGAGAUGAUCGAGGAGAUGUACCAGCUGUAUGGGGGCCCCGUGGUGCUGGUUGCCCACAGUAUGGGCAACAUGUACACGCUCUACUUUCUGCAGCGGCAGCCGCAGGCCUGGAAGGACAAGUAUAUCCGGGCCUUCGUGGCACUGGGUGCACCCUGGGGGGGUGUGGCCAAGACCCUGCGCGUCCUAGCUUCAGGAGACAACAACCGGAUCCCAGUCAUCGGGCCCCUGAAGAUCCGGGAGCAGCAGCGGUCCGCUGUCUCCACCAGCUGGUUACUGCCCUACAACUACACCUGGUCACCUGAAAAGGUGUUUGUGCAGACACCCACCAUCAACUACACACUGCGGGACUACCGCAAGUUCUUCCAGGACAUCGGCUUUGAAGAUGGCUGGUUCAUGCGGCAGGACACGGAGGGGCUGGUGGAAGCCUCAAUGCCACCUGGUGUGCAGUUGCACUGCCUCUAUGGCACUGGUGUCCCCACACCAGACUCCUUCUACUAUGAGAGCUUCCCUGAUCGUGACCCUAAAAUCUGCUUUGGUGACGGCGAUGGUACUGUGAACUUGCAGAGUGCCCUGCAGUGCCAGGCCUGGCAGAGCCAUCAGGAGCACCAGGUGUUGCUGCAGGAGCUGCCAGGCAGCGAGCACAUCGAGAUGCUGGCCAACGCCACCACUCUGGCCUAUCUGAAACGUGUGCUCCUUGGGCCCUGACUCCUGUGCCAGGCAGGGCUGGAUGGCUCGGCCAUGGACCUACCCUUGGCCUCUGGGGCUGUCAUGGCCCAUGAGUUUCGCAAAGUUUGUGACUGACCAUUCAAGGCCCCGAGUCUUGAGCUGUGAAGCGUCUGCUGUGGGGACGUGCCAUUUGUUAUCCUUUGUCUGUGGCAGUGAAGAAGGAAGAAAUAAGAGUCUGGACUCAAGGGACACUGGAUGGAAAGAAUGCUGCUGAUGGUAGAAUUGCUGUGACCUCAGGACUGGCUCCGCAGGGUGGACUGGCUGGGCCCUGGUCCCAAUCCCUAACUGGGGCCAUGUGUUCCCCCUACCCCAUGGGCUUUUCAUACUUGCCCACUGGGCCCUGGCCCCACAGCCUUCCUAUGAGGGAUGUUACUGUGCUGUGGUCCUGUACCCAAAGGUCCCAGGGAUGGGCUCUUGGCCCAUUGGGUGACCCUUUCCACACACUGGCCACAGGUAGGCCUGCCAUUGGCCAUGGAUAGUAGAGCUGCUGGCUUCCCUGUGGCUUAGCUGGUAGCCAGCCUGACUGUGGCUUCCUGGGGCGAGCCCAGUAGCCCCUGCAGGCAGGGGCAGUUUGUUGUGUUCUUCAUGGUUCCCAGACCCUGGGACAUUUUACUUCACUCCUACCUCCCUUACCGCCAGGAGCAGUCAAGCUCUGGAUUGGGCAGCAGAUGUGCCCCCAGUCCUGCAGGCUGUGUCCCAGGACCCCUGAUUCCCUCAGAUGUGCUGUUGGCCCUAGGACUAAAGCUACCCCCCUUCAUCCUGGGACUGUUGUUCCAAGGAUGACAGCAGGGGUGGGAGCCAUGGCCUUCGAGGCACCUGUGGAGAAAGGGAAUCCAAGGAAGCAGUCAAGGCUGCCUGCAGCUUCCCUGAGCUGCACCUCUUGCUAACCCCGCCACCACACUGCCACCCUGCCCUAGAGACUCACUAGUACCCAAGCGGGUUGGCACAGGGCUGAGAAGUGGUGGGACUCCUGUCACCCUGUCCAGCACCUACUCCCACCAGGCAGCUGACUGGUAUUUAGUCUGCCAGGACUAGCCUAGAAACUUGAAUGGGACUCUGAGAGAGCCAGGUGUCCCCUGAGGCCCCCCGAGGAGCUUUCUGUCUGCCCCAGGGUGCUGCAUGGGUUUCCCUGUGGCAGUAGCCAUGGAGAGUCAGGGACUGUCUUCAUGGCAGUAGGCUCUAAGUGGGUGACUGUCUACAGGCCAAGAGAAGGGUCCAACCUCUAGGUCGGGUUCGCAAAGCCACCUUCAGGCUGGUCUGAGCUGCUCUCCCACAAGGUUUCUGUGGAGCUGGAUUUUCUCUGUUGCAUACAUGCCUGGCAUCUGUCUCUCCCUUUGUUUCUGAGUGGUGGGCCCCACAUGGGGCUCUGAACAGGCUGUAUCUGGAUUCCGGCAAUAAAACUACUCUGGAUGCUGUAA